CUAUUGGCCACAAAUUACAUAUGUGUUGUGAAUGUGAAGUGAAAUACCCAUUGAUUUGACGUUUGCUUUGGUUAUCGGGUUUUGGACGCCAAAAAUGAGUCAACUUUUGGCCACAAAUCAUAAGACGACGAAAAAGUGGUCCAAAAGACACACAAAUCGGAAGCAAUUGAUCCGUAAUAACGGUACGAAUGCCGGACACGAGACCGUCGAGGAAGAGCUCGUCGAUGACGGUGUGGUCGCUGAGGAGGCGCUCAAAGAGACCAUUAAUGGUAUUCACGUGAAUCAUAACAGCAAUGGUGUGAACAUCGGGGCCUUUAAUAUCGACACCAAUACCGUUAUAAUCCCCCAUAACUUCUUCGACUCGAGACUUCAGUUGUCGUCGCAAUCGACGGUCAGACCAUUGAUCGUGAGGUUUGAGCCAAUGGUGGCCCAGAAUGGCUGCGAUAAGACAAACCCCAAGAAUAAGAUAACGAUUAUUAAGCCGAAGGCUAUGGGAAAGCAGCGAAAGGCGACCACAACUGAGCCGUCGAUUGAGGCGAAGGCAGUGAUGGCCAGAAUGAGAACAGUUGACAGACAAGUGAAGUCCAAAUCAGGCAAAGAACUGGUUGUUAGGCAGCAAAUGGAGAGUCAUCUGAACGGCAGUACCCUAUCAUCGCUGGGAUCGGUGCCUAAAGUGCCGAUUCAUCGAUCGCUUCAUCAUUUUCGUCAUAAAAAGUCUCACAAAACUCAUGAAAGAGUUCAGACGAAAGAGUUGUCACAACAGGUGUCGACCCAUACGACGACUGCAACACUAUUACAGCAAUCCGUGGAUUGUGUUUGCGUUGAAUGCAAGACAGUGUUGGCCUCCAAACAGGCCCUUCACGAACACAUACUGAGCCAACACUCGGCCGGUCUCACGAAAAUGCAACAAACGGUGGUCACAGAGGAGCUACCGGUGCCGCUGUUCCGGUGCCAGUGGCAGGACUGCACACUCGACUUCGACUCGAUGGAGACCUUUCGACAGCACGUGGACUCACACGUA